AUGGAAACUAAUAUAUUGAAAAUUGCAAAUAAGAAAGUUUGCGUUAAAACUUGUGAUCGUUCAGGAAGAGGGAUUUAUGCAAUGCAAAAGAUAUCACCUGGUGACCUUAUCAUUCAAGAUACUCUCUAUGUGGCUGUGGUGGAGGAUGCCAAUCUUUCUGUAGCUUGCAGUGGUUGUCUUUCUAAAGGUGGUAGACUAUUAUGUUGUUCAAGUUGUAACGUGAUUCACUAUUGCUCUGAGGAAUGUAAACGUAAGGAUCGAUUAUACCACGAGUAUGAAUGUAAACCAUUUGUCAGGCUAAAAAGAACACCACCAACUUCAAUUCGCUUAAUAUGUCGAAUAUUGAUACAUCGAAUGAACGAUCCGACAUCUGUUAGUAUUAUAUUACUUAUGUGGUUGGCAAUACUCAUUUCUUCUCUCCAAUUAAGUUGUCUAUCCUUUAGUUCAAGGAUAUUGAAAACCUCCAAACCAUCGCAUUACUUAGAUCGAACAAUGUUUAAACAAGAACAAAUAGAAACAUUCGCACAAAUGUCUAUGGUAGUUCGAGAAUGUAUAUCUCAAGAUGCUUUGCUAUCAGCUUCAGAAAUGCUAGAUUUAUUUUGUCGGAUGACCGAAAAUAGUUUUUCUAUCUUGGAUGGAGAAAUGAUUGCUUUUGGAGUCGGCAUUUAUCCUAAUGCUUCUUUAUUAAAUCAUUCUUGUCAUCCUAAUUGUGUUGUUAUUUUUGAAAAUUCGAAAUUAAUGGUUCGAUGCAUAGAACCAAUAAAUAAUGAUCAGGAGCUAGUUAUUAAUUAUGUAGAUUUGAGUCUACCAGUAGAAGAACGGCGUAAAGAAUUGCGAAAGCAAUACUUUUUUUCGUGCAAUUGUGAAUCUUGCGAAUACUAUAAGUCUAAAGAUAAUAUUGACCCGCGAAGUGCGCUGAGAUGUCAAAAUUCUAAAUGUUCUAAUGCUAUUGAACCACCAAGUUCAUUGGAUUUAGGUGAAGAAGAAUAUACUUCAACAUGUAAGGUCUGUUCCCGCAAUAUACGAUACGAUGUAGCAGAUGUGGAGAAACACAUAUCCAAGUCUCUUCAAUUAUAUGAAAAGGGCACGAAUUUACGCGAUCAAGACAAUUUACAAGCCAUGUCAUAUUUUAAACAAGCCUUUGAAAUUCAAAAACCGCUUCUCCAUAUGGCUAAUUAUAAUUUAAUAUCUACUCGUAAAGCUUUGUUUGAUAUCUAUUGUAAUUUAAAUGAUUGGCCAACAGCGCUUUCUCAUUCUUUGGCAAUUGUUGAAGCUUAUCGCAUUUUAUAUUCUCGAGCACAUCCUUUACUUGGAAUUCAAAUUUACGCUACUGCGAGAAUACAUAUGUCGAUGGAUAAUGUUGAUAUUAAUAAAAUUGUUGAAUUACUUCGAGAAGCUUUGAAAAUAUUGGAAGUAUCACAUGGGUUUAAACAUCCUUUUACAAAAAUGGUAGAAAUGAAUUUAUGGGAUGCUCACGGUGAACUUAAUA